UGAGGGUGGGAAUGAUGCCGAUGGAGACGCUCGUGGAGUCGGCUCCGCUCUUUCGCUUAGGCUGAGAUUUAUGGACUUGUACAUGAUGAAUUGCGAACUCUUGGCAACGUGCAGCGCCCUCGGCUUCUUGGAGGGGGACACCUACCACAAAGAGCCAGAUUGCUUAGAGAGUGUGAAGGACUUGAUCCGCUACCUGCGUCAUGAAGAUGAGACUCGAGAUAUCCGGCAACAGCUGGGGGCAGCUCAGAUCCUACAGAAUGACCUGAUCCCCAUCAUCAUCCAGUAUCCUCAAGAUAAACAGCUCUUUGAUGCCAUUAUCAGGUUAAUGGUAAAUCUAACACAGCCAGCCGUCCUCUGCUUUGGCAAACUCCCCCAGGAUGCCAGCUUCCGCCAUCACUUCCUGCAAAUCGUCUCUUAUUUGCAGGCUUACAAAGAAGCAUUUGCCAGUGAAAAGAUCUUUGGGGUGCUGAGCGAGAAGUUAUAUGAUCUGCUGCAGCUGGACUGGGAACAGCGCCAGGAGGAGGAUAACCUCUUAAUCGAGCGCAUCCUGCUUCUGGUGCGCAAUGUGCUGCAUGUCCCAGCUGAUCCCGAUGAGGAGAAGAACAUUGACGAUGAUGCCAAUGUCCAUGACCAGGUGUUAUGGGCCGUGCACAUCAGUGGCAUGGAUGACCUGCUCAAAUUCUUGGCCAGUUCCCAGACGGAGCAGCAGUGGAGCCUGCACGUGCUGGAGAUCAUCUCCCUUAUGUUUCGAGACCAGAACCCAGAGCAGCUGGCACUUACGGGGCAGGCCCGCUCAGCCAAGGAACGGGGCACCGAUGUCGCAGAGUUGGAGGUCCUGAGGCAGAAGGAACUGGCGGAGAAGAAGAGCCGUGUACUCCAGCGGAGCAGCAGGCACUCUCGUUUUGGUGGCUGCUAUGUCAUCCAGGGCUUGAAGUCCAUUGGCGACAGAGAUGUUGUGAUGCACAAGGGGCUACAUCACGUGAAAAACUACAGCCAUGAUCUUGGCAAGGAGGUCCGGCGGGUGCCGAAGAGGCGUCAGCUUGCUUGUGAUGGUGAGGGAACGCCUCGCCGCUCGGCCCUCAAUGUGAGACUGUUCCUCAAGGAGUUCUGCAUGGAGUUUUUGGAGAACUGCUACAAUCGGCUCAUGUAUUUGGUCAAGGAUCACCUGAUCAGAGAGAAGGCCCAGCAGCAUGAUGAGACCUACUACUUGUGGGCCAUGGCUUUUUUCAUGGCGUUCAACCGGGCCUCCUCUUUCCAGCCUCAGCUGGUUUCUGAGACGGUUGGCGUCCGGACUUUUCACUUCAUUGAGCAGAGCCUGACCAAUUACUAUGAAAUGAUACUUAUAGAUAAGAAGGAGGCCACGUCUUGGUCAAGAAGGAUGCAUCUGGCUCUCAAGGCCUACCAAGAGUUGCUGAUGACUGUGCACGAAAUGGACCAUUCGCCAGAAGAAGCUGUGCGCAACAGCAGCCACAUCCUGAAAAAUAACAUUUUCUACCUGAUGGAGUAUCGUGAGCUGUUCCUCACUCUCUUCCGUAAGUUUGAUGAGAGAAAGCAGCCCAGGUCCUUCCUGAAAGAUCUGGUGGAGACCACGCACCUUUUCUUGAAGAUGCUGGAGAGAUUUUGCAAAGGGAGGAACAACCUAGUGGUCCAGCAGAACAAGAAAGUCAAGAAGAAGAAGAAGCCCCCGGCUCACCCUGCUGGGUCGGAUGUGCAGUCCCGUACUCCUGAAGAGUUGGAGGAGAUGUGGCCAAGGCUGAUUGAGCAAAUCAGUAAAUGCACAGAGGGUUCUGAGCCUCUUCCAGAGGCCAUUGUCCCCUUUGAUGCUGCAUCAGAAGUCCCACUGGAGGAGCAGCGAGCUGAGGCCAUGUUACGGAUUCAAGACAGCCUACUAGCUGGCCGAGCACCUGAAGCCCUGUCCCUCUUGCGUUCGGCAAGGGAGGUGUGGCCAGAAGGAGAUAUUUUUGGAUCGCCCGCCCUUGAUUCAGAUGAAGAGACUGAACUGCUGAGACAAAUCUUCUUUGCCAACCUCACUCGACAAGUGGCUCCAGAGACAGAUGAACCUGAGGAGGCAGCUGAGGAAGAGGAGGUUGCUGAGGAAGAGUUGGCAUCUGUACGGGUGUCAGAAAGAGAGUUCAGCUUCCUGGACUAUGUGAAACGGUUUGCGAGUGCUAACGUGGUCAAGGCCUACGUUCUGCUCUUCAAGAACUACCAGCAGAACAGCCCCCACACGAACCACUGUGUCGCAAAGAUGUUGCACCGCAUUGCCUAUGACCUCAAGAUGGAGGCCCUGCUCUUCCAGCUUUCUGCCUUCUGCCUCUUCAACCGGCUCCUCAGUGACCCUGCUGCUGGUGCUUACAAGGAGCUGGUGACCUUUGCCAAAUACAUUGUGGGCAAGUUUUUUGCACUCGCAUCCACCAACAAGAAGGUCUACAUGGAACUGUUGUUCUGGAAAAGCACGGCUGUGGUACGGGAAAUGACUGAAGGCUACACCUUGAUGCGGGAAGAUGAAAGCUCUGCCUCUCGCAAAGCCUCCCCGUGGACUGAGGAGGAGGAGGAAGAGCUGCGGGAACUCUACUACAAGUUCAAGGAAGUGGAAGGUGAAGACAUCCUGAACAACAUCCUGGCACACCUGAGCUCUCGCAACCGGACCCGUAAGCAGGUGGCCAAGCAGCUGGUGCACUUGGGGCUAGCAAACAGCGUGCGAGACUUCCCCCGGGAGCGGAAGGGGACACGUAUUGUGCUGUGGACACAGGAUCAGGAGCUAGAACUUCGGCGGCUCUUUGAGGAAUUCCAGGGCACAGAUGAUAUCCUGGCCAACGUGAUGAAGCACAUCACAGCGAAGCGCUCCAAGGCCCGCAUUAUUGACAAGCUGCUCAGCAUGGGCCUGGUGUCUGACCGUAAGGAGCUUUACAAGAAGCGCAAGCGCAAGCCUGGCUCUCUUGGCACGAACAAAAACAUGUUGCCCAAGGACUUUGGAGUGCCUGACCUGGAUGAGGAUGAGGAAGAAGAAGAGGAUGACUUGGAUAGCGAAGAAGAGGAGGAGUCAGCCCAGGAGGAUGGUGAAAGUGGCAUGGGCAAUAAGUCUGUGAAGGAGCAGACUAAUAGAAAAUGGGGGACUGGAUCCGACAGAGACUCCCAGGAGCUUGUACGGAGCCUGCGUCAGGAAGGUUUGUCUGGCCCCCUGCUUUGGCUCCAGAGCUGCCUGAACCGAACAGCUGCUGACCGCGAAGAGGAUGGAUGCGCCCAGCCUGUGCCUCUGGUGCCACUCUCUGAAGAGAACGAGGAUGCCAUGGAGCACAACGAUUUCCAGAAGCUUCUGCGGAAAAUGGGGCUGCGGGCCCCAGCCAGUGAGCAGGAAACUUUCUGGCGCAUCCCGGCCAAACUCAGCCCAGGGCAACUACGACGUGUGGCUGCUUCCAUUGCCCCACAAAAAGUGGAGGAAGAGAACGAAGAGCAGCCAACUGAGGAAGAUCAUCUUGAUACAGGGGAGCCAGAGUGCCUGACACCAAAAAAGCAGGAACCCCGCCAAUGCUCUCUAGGACCCAAGCGGAACCGCUUGAUUAAUGACAUGGAGGAAGGGGAAAGCCACAGCCAAGGUUCCAGUGACGAGGAUGGGCCAUGUCCCUCCAGCAAGAGGAAGUGCCUGAGAAUUGAGGAAGAGGAGGAGGAAGAUUGAUGGAGUGGAGCUCCUUCCCCACUGGGUCAACAAGGCCAAUUAAAGCCCACCCCCAGCCAUGGGGCUGCAAACAGUGACCUCAAGCUGUGGGAUCUUGGAUAGACAUUAUUGGGAACUAUCAACGUCCCCCUAUUAUCUACACACAACACUUCUGUUUUUUGGAGGGGAUACGGAGAUUGAACUCCUGGCUGUGAUAAAAGAAGUAGGCGACCUGUUGAGGUUGAAAGAGGAGAGUAGGGGUAAUGGCUUUAGGCCUGUUUCUGUGCUACUCUGUUCUGCUCCAAGGUAUGAGAGAUAUAGAAGCUGGUUCAGGAAGAAGUUUAAACUGUUCCAUGUGUGUAGAUAACUGUUCAUAACCUGCUCCCUAAAUGGUAUUGCUGAAUAUGAUCCAGUUCGCAUGGAACAGCAGCAAAUCAUGGGUUAAUUAACAAUUACAAUUAGUUAGGUUAAUUGUGGGUUGUUCAACCCGUCAUUAACCCAUAGUGUCCAGGUUUGG